AUGGCUGGCGGAAAAGGCAAGACCGGUGGCAAGACGGGAGGAAAAGCAGGCGCCGAUACGUCAGGAAAGUCGCAGAAAUCGCACUCCGCGAAAGCCGGUCUCCAGUUCCCCUGCGGCCGCGUCAAGCGGUUCCUCAAAUCGCAAACCCAGAACAAAAUGCGCGUCGGCGCCAAAGCCGCCGUCUACGUCACCGCCGUCCUCGAAUACCUGACUGCCGAAGUCCUCGAACUCGCCGGCAAUGCCGCAAAGGACCUCAAAGUCAAGCGCAUCACGCCCCGCCACUUGCAGCUCGCGAUCCGAGGAGAUGAAGAGCUGGACACGCUGAUCCGGGCGACGAUCGCAUUUGGUGGUGUGCUGCCGCAUAUCAACCGCGCGCUGCUGUUGAAGGUGGAGCAGAAGAAGGGCAAGAAGGUGGAUGCGUGA